GUGGUCCACUCUUCUGGUUCACGCUACUUCAGCGUGUAGUCGAGUGUGUUGUAUGCAUGUGGCUCUCAGUACGUUAGUUGAAAUGGUUUAGAUUUAUGUGAUAAGAAGUAAACUAAAUUUGUGCUUGUAAAACCUUUGCGGAUCGGUGUCAGUGGAAGAAAGAUGUCUGUGUUUAUGGAUUUAAACAUCAUCAGUAGUAAUGAUAAGAACAGACUCAAAAGCAUCAUAGAGACAGCUGCUCACCUUGGCUACUCAACAGUCGCAAUAAACUAUGUAGUUGAACCACAACAGAAGAAACCGGAAAUUCCUAAGCCACAGAGUGUGUCAGACAUAUUUGAUAAAUUCCCAAUAGUACAGGGAAAAUCUUCACCCAUCAGAGUACUGAAUCGAUUGACCAUCGUGGCCUCUGAUGCAUCUCAUUUUAGACCAACUAAUGAAUACAAAAACUUUGACCUUGUGGCGGUGUACCCCAAGACAGAAAAAGUCUUUCAUGCAGCCUGCAUGACUUUUGAUGUCGACAUUAUCUGCAUUGCAAUGACUGAAAAACAGCCUUUCCAUUUUAAAAGGGCUCCAGUUAAUGGGGCUAUUGACAGGGGGGUUUACUUUGAGAUCUGUUAUGCAGCAGCCAUCAGAGACUACAUUAUGAGAAGAUACACCAUUUCCAAUGCCUUCGUCCUCAUGGAAGUCUGCAAAGGAAAAAAUAUCAUAGUGUCCAGUGGAGCAGAAGGGCCUCUUGAGUUGAGGGGCCCAUAUGACAUUGCCAAUUUGGGGCUUGUGUUCAGUCUGUCUGAGGGAGACGCCAAAGCUGCUGUUUCUACUAACUGUCGAUCUGUCUUGCUGCAUGGAGAGACGAGAGCUACUGCAUUUGGUGUUGUUCACACCAUGAAGAAACCACAAACUUCUGAGAAACCAGAAGAGGAAACUCCAGCAUCAAAAAAGGCCAAAAUUGAACUAGUGUAGUUAGUAUCAGCUGGUGUUUAAUUUGUCAUGGAUAAUAACUAUAUAAAUAUAUAAUUUUCCGUUCCUUAAAGUCUUGCAAUCUAUUUAAUUGAAAAAUUGGAAAAAAAAAGACAUUUAUUUAAUCAACCUUUGGAAUAAUUGCAUGCAAAAUAACAAAACAAAAAUAAAACUAAGUACAAAAUUG